AUGGGAAAGGUUAAGCUGGAUAUAAAAAAAUUAGAGAAUGCUAGCAGUCGUCAAGCCACUUAUUCAAAACGGAAACAUGGAAUCCUGAAAAAGGCUCAAGAGCUGUCUAUAUUGUGUGAUAUAGACCUUGCCCUUGUCAUGUUCUCACCGGGUGGCAAACCUAGUUUAUGUUGUGGAAAGCACAGCAGCAUCGAGGAGGUUAUUGCAAGGCUUAAUCAGUUACCUCCACAGGAGAGGACAAAAAGAAAGCUGGAAGGUCUUGAAGCCCUGAAGAAAGCAUACAGGAAGAAGUCAGAACAUGAUGUAAAUAUAGAAGAUUUUCUUGAUUCAAGUAAACCAACAAUUAAGGAUGUGACUGACCAAGCGUCUAGACUACAAACAAGAUUAGCAGAGAUUCAUGAAAGACUAUGGUAUUGGACGAACCCUGAUUGUGUCAGUGAUUUUGGACUUCUGAUGCAAAUGGAAGAUUCACUUGAGAAGUCACUUGGCCAAAUUCAAAGGGAAAAGGAAAUUUUUCAAAAGAGGCGUCGUUUGGCCCUGGAGAAUGAGUUAAAAGAGAGCAUGCAGCUACCCUUUCAAGCAAAUAGUGGACAACAGCUUCAGCCCUUAUUAUGGACCCCGAGUGAUAGUUUUCAGCAUAUGGCACUAACUCAGGAGCCAAAGUUACCUACCCAAAGGGAUAUAGAGAGCUGCACUGGUUCUACUUCUGGCAGCUAUUUUGGUUGUCCAAGCACAAGUAGUAAGUCGGAGGCAAACAGCCCCGGACAACUAAGUGGGAUAGAUAAUAUUGGUCAGGAUGCAUUUCAGGGGCUUCAAUUUGGCGGGAUGUAUUCAUAUCUUCCGUAUGGCCUCAAUAUGCCAGGUGAUAGUAGCAAUCUUCAGGCUGUGCUAGGUUUGGACCAACGACAAAACACUCUUGUUUAUGAUGCUGGUAAAAACUAUCAGCAAACCUUCCCGUGCCUUGACACCAGCAAUAAUUUUCUAUCAGAUACUCCUGCUGAUUUUGGAUUUGGAGACCUUUCCAACUACCAGUGGCAGAAAUCAAUUGUUCCUGCUCCUGCAAUGCCAUCUAUGUACGAGAGAAUGACCGGAGAUUCCAAUCACCUACUAUUUGACAAUACUCCAAACCAUAAUACUUGAGUAGUUGACAUUCUUUCUGAUCCUACUUAUUUACUAUAUACCUAUAACUCUACCAUGGGCGCCUGUAUGCCCCAGUAUAAGUGAAUGUUGCUGAAGUGAUUUGCACCUCGAGCACUUCUGUAUUAGAUAAAUAAAUUUGCAUCAUAGUUUAUAGGAAUGGAUGAAUAGCCAA